GUAAAAAGGUUAAACUCGAAAAAAAUUGUGGUUAGAAAUAAAUAAAGUUGAUUUUCUCAAUAUUCAUUUUGUUUCAGUGUUUUAAAUCGCUUUUUAGCGUAGUUAUUCAAAACCAUGGCCUCUCGAUUUAGUGGCGCACUUCAAUUGACAGACCUUGACGAUUUCAUAACUCCAUCGCAGGAAUGUAUAAAACCAGUGAAAAUAGAGAAAACAAAAAGUAAGACUGGUGCGAAAAUCAAGAUUGGUGAAGAUGGAUACUUUGACCUCUCCAGUGGCAAAGAGCAGAAGCUGCAAAAGGUGGAGAUUACCUUAGCAGACUGUCUGGCGUGCAGCGGCUGUAUCACCUCUGCUGAGAGUGUGCUGGUGACUAGACAGAGCCAGGAGGAGUUGUUAAGAGUAUUUUCUGAGAGGAAGUACACAGACACGAAAGGCGUUACUCGCGACGUCAGCCUGGUCGUGAUCUCGCUGUCCCCACAACCAACUCUGUCCCUCGCAGCACGGUACAAGAUACAACCUGAAAUAGCUGUACAAAAAUUAGUUGGUUACUUCAAAAGUCUGGGCGCCGACUUAGUCCUAGAUAUGACGGUAGCGGAAGACAUGUCGGUGUUAGAAGCGCAGCAGGAGUUUCUGCAGAGAUAUAGAGACCAACAAAAUGAUCCCACUGCCAAACAUAUGCCAAUGCUGGCCAGCUCAUGUCCAGGCUGGGUUUGCUACGCGGAAAAAACACAUGGCAACUUCAUCCUCCCAUACAUUUCGAGUACCAAGUCACCUCAGCAGAUAAUGGGCUCGCUGGUCAAACAGCACCUGUCCGCGAAGCGCGAGCUGAGCCCCGGGGCAGUGUACCAUGUGACCUUCAUGCCGUGCUACGACAAGAAGCUGGAGGCGUCGAGGGAGGACUUCUAUAGCGACCUGCUGAGCUGCCAUGAUGUGGACUGUGUUAUUACUGCCAUUGAAUUGGAACAAAUGUUGGCCAACAGCGGCAAAUGUUUGUCAGAAAUCGAAGGUUGCGAAGUGGACUGGCCGUGGGGCGAAAGCUCAGAAGUACGGGGCAUAAGAAGCCACGUGGGCUCAGGGUCGGGAGGUUACGCAGAUCAGAUCUUUUUGUAUGCCGCCGAACAACUUUUUGGGGAGACCAAUGUACCACUGGUGUAUAGAAAUUUAAGAAACCCGGACUUCCGAGAAGUUACCCUAGAAAAGGACGGGAAAGAAGUGCUGAGGUUCGCGAUCGCGAACGGGUUCCGCAACAUACAGAAUCUCGUGCAGAAACUCAAGCGCGGCAAGUCGCCCUACCACUACGUGGAGGUCAUGGCGUGCCCUUCCGGGUGUUUAAACGGCGGCGCGCAAGUGCGGCCAAUCAACGGCGAGAGUGGCAGAGACCUGGUCUCCCAGCUCCAGGCGAUGUACACGCAACUGCCCGUGUCGCACCCCUCGCAGAACAAGUUGGUUAAACUGCUCUACAGCGAGUGGCUCGACGGCAGGGAGUCGGACAAGGCCAGGGCGGUACUGCACACCAGCUACCACGCGCUAGAGAAGAGCGAUAUAGCGCUCAAUAUCAAGUGAUCUAUAGGCGAAUUUAGAUCUUAUUACCUUGUGAUAAAGUUUAUAUUUAAUUCAUAUUAGCCAAUGAUUCAAUAAUAUACAUAAAAGUAUGGUGAACAACACAAGAAAAACACGUUAGAAAAAUAGAAAUAAAUAGCUUUAUAUUAUACAGUGAAUGGUAAACAGAUUUAGACCAUAAUGCUUUGUGAUAAGGGCUGUAAUAUUUCACCUAAAAUUUUUAUUGUGUAAGGAUGAUAAAAUAGGACAGCUAUUAUUAUUAAUAGGGGGAAUAUUGAUUGUUCCUAUUAGUUUGUUUAGUUGUUGUUCUUAUUAGAUUGAGGAUUAAUAAAAUUCCUUUAGGAAUUAGAUUUAGCCUAUAUAGGCCAAAUCGGAAUUUACCAAAACAAAAUGUGCCGAGCAGAUGAUGCCUUUAAUUUUUUUGGAUUUGGCUUUUUAUUUUGACAAAUCCCGUGAGAACUCUUUGAUUUCCCGAUCUUUGAUUUUCUGAUUUGAUUAUUUCAGUCCCCGGGAUGCAAGCUAUCUCUGAACCCGUCGAAAUCGGUUAAAAGUUGGGCUGAGAUAAGUUGACAAACAGACAGACAGACACACUCUCGCAAUUGAAAAGUAAACGUACAUAAUAAUAUGUAUACGUAUAAUUUAAGUAUUAGUAUUUUGUCAAGUAUUUUCAUUGCACAGGCGUGUGUGUCAAAUGAAGGUGUCUUAACGGGAUAAGCAGAAUUGCAACAGCAUUUGUGCAGUUAAAGAUUUAUUUUUGUAUGUAUACCUGUUCCAUUUUGUUAUCUACUUUGUAAGAAAUAAAAUAAUUGUUAUAGCUAAGUUUAUGUAAAUAUCGCUUUGUGAUGUAAAUAAUAAGUAUUAUGUAUGUAAGAAUGUAAGUAAUUACAUAUUUAUAAAUAUAUUUUACUGACUCACUU